AUGGAUGGUUUCCGUGUAGUGACUUGUCAAUCCUGUAACUUUGUUGGAGAACCUUUCGAAUCAGAUGGCUUCUUCUUCUGCAGUAGCUGCGGAGAGAAAAAUCAGGAUGCUUUUGAUAAUGGUGCCGAAGAGGAAGAAGCCUUCGGUACCGUCGGUGGUAUCUACCUUCCCAGUCACCAACGCCGGGCAUCUACUCAUUCUGAAGCAAUUGAUGUUCCCCCCAUCUCACAAUAUGAUCCAUUAUCCCAAUCCAAUUUACUUUCCAGCCUUGGCUUAAUUGAAGUCAAACAAGAGAAUGUUGACCUAUCUCACUCCCAUUUUAGUCCCUCAACUCCUGUUGAUUUUGGAGGCUCCAAUGUUCCUAGCUCUGAGGAUUACCACAAUGAGAUAAGGCUGCGUUAUGUGUUUGGGUUGCAAAUUAUGAUUGAGCUUCAAUGUGAAGCUCUGGUGAAAGAGUUUAAGGGAUAUGGUCUUGUUCAUGUGAGGUGCAUCUUACCUUGGCAUUUAUUAAGUAAGCUUGGAUUUGUGCCCUUAGUUAUUGAAUUUAGGGAGAUCCAGAAGAUUAUAAUUCACGCGGUAAAUACAGAUCAGAACCUCGCAUCAAUGGCACAAUCACCAACACCAUUUCUGUUUUUCCUAAGUGAGGAUAGCUCUGCCAAUGACAUUGAUGCAAACUCCGCAGUGAAAAUAUGGAAAUUUCAACUCAGCAAGUACAAUUUGAAAACCUAUAAUACUGGGAGAAUGGAAGAUGCCAAGGCUGGGUCAGAUGGGAUUGCUGAUGCCGAGGAAAACUUAGGCGAGAGUGAAGUCCGUGAGGCUCACUUGGCAAAGUCCUUGUUUUUCAUCCGGAUUGGGGACAAGGAGAAAGCCCUGGAACAUCUCAAGAUAACAGAAACCAAGAUUGUUGCAGUGGGCCAGAAGAUGGACUUGGUGUUUUAUACGCUGCAACUUGGUUUCUUUGACAUGGAUUUUGAUCUAAUUUCCAAAAGCAUUGACAAAGCUAAAAGCUUGUUUGAAGAAGGUGGAGAUUGGGAGAGGAAGAACAGACUGAAAGUGUAUGAAGGCCUAUACUGCAUGUCCACUAGAAAUUUCGAGAAGGCUGCAACAUUGUUUUUGGAUUCUAUCUCCACCUUUACAACCUAUGAACUUUUUCCAUAUGACACCUUUAUAUUUUACACCGUUUUGACAAGCAUCAUAACACUGGAUAGAGUUUCCUUGAAGCAAAAGGUAGUGGAUGCUCCUGAGAUCUUGACAGUGAUUGGCAAGAUCCCGCAUCUGUCAGAGUUUUUGAACUCCCUGUAUGAUUGUCAAUACAAGUCUUUCUUCUCAGCAUUUGCUGGCUUGACGGAGCAAAUUAAGUUGGAUCGCUAUUUGCAUUCACACUUCAGGUAUUACAUGAGAGAGAUCAGAACUAGACAUGCUCGAUCUGAAAAGCUACACAGGGAAGGCAGACUGAAGGUCAUGCUCAAUAGCGAUGGUGAAAUAGAGAACCAAGAGGAUUCAGACAAAGAAACCGAAGAUACCGAGGAGCUACUAAAGCCACUUAAAAAUGUGGUCCCUUGGUUACAAGAAAUAUUCACAUGGGAAAGACCAAUACAUACUCUUGUUGUUCUUGCUGCAUCCCUAAUAAUCACUUAUAUGGAAUGGGUUGGAAAGAGAGCUGCAGCAUUCUUGGUAUGGGUGAUAGUAAAGAUGCUUGAGGCAAGAGAGAAAAAGCUUAAUGAGCAAUGCAAUGAGAUAGUAGUCAGUAGAUAUGAUAUGGCUUCUGAUCAAUCUAUGAUGGAUAACAUUGUCUCAGCCCAACAUGGAUUUUACAUUCAUGCAAAGACAGUGAUGGUGGCAAUAGGGGGAUUAGCAUUCUUAUUAGCAGUAAUACCAUUCAAGUUCUUACUAAUGGGUCUCAUUGUGCAAAGUUUCACCAUGGCGUUCAAGACAAGCAAGUCUUCAGGAACUGGGAAUAGAAGGUUGAAGGAAUGGUGGGACUCAAUACUAGUAGUCCCUAUCCGUGUAGUAGACAAUGUUCCUAACUCUCAACAUGCUAAAUAG